AUGGCUUUGAUUCCUGUUCUUGAAACUCCUGAGGGUCCUAUAUUUGAGAGCAAUGCCAUUGCCCGUUAUGUGAGCAGAUUGAACGGUGAGAACUCCUUAAACGGAUCCUCCCUGAUUGAAUAUGCACAUGUUGAGCAAUGGAUUGAUUUCUCUUCAUUGGAGAUUUAUGGAAACAUCUUCAACUGGUUUGUCCCAAGAAUGGGCUUUAUGCCAUACAGUGUUCCCGGUGAGGAAGCUGCGAUCUCUGCUUUGAAAAGAGGACUUGAUGCUCUAAACACACACCUCACUACCAACACUUACCUUGUUGGACACUCUGUUACCCUUGCUGAUAUCAUCACUGUCUGCAACUUAAACCUGGGAUUUUCCACUGUCAUGACCAAGAGCUUCACCUCUGCAUUCCCUCACGUUGAGAGAUACUUUUGGACUUUGAUUAACCAACCAAACUUCAAGAAGGUGGUGGGUGAUGUUAAACAAACUGAAGCUGUUCCCCCGAUCAAGAAAGCUGGCCAGCCUGCAAAGCCUAAGGAACAGCCUAAGAAAAAGGAAGCCCCUGCAGCAGAGGCACCUAAGCCUGUUGAAGAGGAAGAGGCACCAAAGCCUAAAGCAAAGAACCCUCUUGACUUGCUACCACCAAGCCCAAUGGUUCUUGAUGAGUGGAAGAGGCUUUACUCCAACACCAAAUCUAACUUCCGUGAGGUUGCUAUUAAAGGAUUCUGGGACAUGUAUGACCCAGAGGGAUACUCACUAUGGUUCUGUGACUACAAAUACAACGACGAGAACAUGGUAUCCUUUGUCACGCUGAACAAGGUAGGAGGGUUCCUUCAGCGAAUGGACUUGGCACGUAAAUACGCGUUUGGAAAGAUGCUUAUCUGUGGAUCAGAGGGUCCGUUCAAGGUGAAGGGUUUAUGGUUGUUCCGUGGAACAGAGAUCCCCAAGUUCGUUAUGGACGAGGUGUAUGACAUGGAGCUGUACGAGUGGACCAAGGUUGACAUCUCCGAUGAAGCUCAGAAGGAACGUGUUAGCCAGAUGAUUGAAGACGCAGAGCCAUUUGAAGGUGAAGCUCUCUUGGACGCCAAGUGCUUCAAGUGA